CUGGAAGUUUACGCAGUAAGUCUCCCGACAAAAAACACUUCUACGUUGCUUUCUUCUGCGAGACGGGGCCAGAUACCUUCAAAUGGACUACAUCGGCAAGAAAUCUCUGGAAGUACAUGCAGAUGCUGGAUGGUGGGGGAGAGUGAUGCCUAUGGCCUCGUCACUUCCCCUCGUUGCGUUGAAUAUGAUUGGAAGAUCGAUCCGUUGCUGAUCCAGGAUGAUAGAUGCUUUGGCGAUAAGGGAGAUGUCGAAGAUAUCACAGAGGCCGAUAUUAUCUCAACCGUCGAGUUCGACCACACCGGUAAUUACCUAGCCACAGGAGAUAAGGGUGGAAGAGUGGUGCUGUUUGAGCGAAACGAAACGAAAAAGACAUGCGAAUACAAGUUCCACACAGAGUUCCAGUCGCACGAGCCGGAAUUCGACUAUCUAAAAUCGUUAGAGAUCGAAGAAAAGAUCAACAAGAUAAAAUGGUGUAGACGACAAAACGCUUCCCACUUCCUCCUCUCAACCAACGACAAGACGAUAAAGCUGUGGAAAGUGUUCGACAAGUCGCUGAAGGUGGUCGCGGAGAACAACCUCUCGUCAGAACUGACUCCUGGCGGAGCUGUGGGAGGAGGUGGUGCUCCUCGCACACCGCGUGUGUCGUUCAAGGACCCCUCCGCGUUGAAACUCCCCCGAAUGACGCACCACGACACCGUCGUUGCAGCCGUUCCCCGAAGGACCUAUGCGAAUGCCCACGCCUACCACAUCAACAGCAUAUCCGUGAACAGCGAUGGCGAGACAUUCAUCAGCAGUGACGAUCUACGAAUCAACCUAUGGAAUCUGAAUAUUCAGGACCAGAGCUUCAACAUUGUCGAUAUCAAACCAGCUAAUAUGGAGGAGCUGACAGAGGUGAUUACGGCUGCAGAAUUCCACCCGACCAGCUGUAACUGGUUCAUGUACGCGAGUUCCAAGGGAACGAUCAAGCUCGCAGACAUGAGGCAGAGUGCAUUGUGCGACCAACACCAGAAACUGUUCGAACAAGAAGAAGAUGCCUCCUCCCGUUCUUUCUUUUCCGAAAUCAUUUCCUCCAUUUCUGACGUUCGAUUCUCUCAUGAUGGUCGCUACAUCCUUUCGAGAGAUUACCUGACCGUGAAGAUCUGGGAUGUCAAUAUGGAGAGACAACCAAUCAAGACAAUUCCUAUCCACGAACAUCUACGACCCCGUCUAUGCGACACAUACGAGAAUGAUAGCAUCUUUGAUAAAUUCGAGGUCGUCUUCUCGGGCGAUGCCGAAAACGUCAUGACCGGAAGCUACAACAACAACUUCAUGAUUUACCCGACGGAUCCUAAUAAAGACACGGAGGUGGUAUUGCAGGCGGAUAAGUCCGCUUUCAAGGCGAAGAAGGUCGGAGUGCCAACUCCGAUCAACAAGAAUGGCAAGAAGGGUGGCUCGAGAGCUGGGAGCCCUGCGGGACCUGGCUCACGCAUGAGGAAGGAGACCGACGCGGACCAGAUCGAUUUCAACAAGAAGAUCCUACAUAUGAGCUGGCAUCCGUUUGAGGAUAGUAUUGCAAUCGCCGCGACCAACAAUCUCUUCGUCUUCUCUGCACUCUAAGCAGUCACUUUCUGGCAAUGAUGUGAUGGAUUGAUGUCAGUUAUUGACGGGACGUGGGGCGAUGAGCGACCUUGAAGGUCGAUAUGAUGGAUAUAAGGCCUGAUACGAAGAUAAAAUGGUAGAGCAACAGGGACAGAUUCAAUCCAAGUUGCCAGUUCAGAUAAACCUGGAAUUCGGUCCAUACCUUUCUCUUGCCUUUCCCUCAACUAUUUUUUUCGGUCCAUUGCCCCUUUGUCAUCCUCCCCGCCGUUUUCCUUUGCGUGGUCUUCAGAUAUUUGUCAAGGCGUUAUCUCUGGAGCCGGGGAGACGCUGGACUUUCAUUUCCCAAGUCCACCCCUCAACGCGUCUCCC